AGGAGGAAAGAUGGUGGAUGUCUGGCCAUGGAGUUGUAGCUUUAUGGUCUGGCUUAGGAUGGGAAGUUCUAGAGAGACUUCGGGACAGGGGAAAGGGGUGGCCGUGAAGAGUGUGUCUGUAAAGAGUUUCUCCAUGCCUCCGUGAAUUAAAUAACUAACAAGGGCUGAUACUUCUGGUUGUCCUACAAAAACUCCUUGACUGGCUUUGGUAAUGUUCAAUGUUGAUAGCGUUUGCAGGGAUUCCGGUUUUGAAGGGGACAAAUCUGCCGGAACUGGGACUUUUAAUUUUGUGCAAUUGGAUGAUGGCCCCUCCUCCUAAAAGUCGCAAAAGAAAAUCCGCUGACAAUAUCGGAGACAAAGCAGCAAGCACAAGCAGCAAUGUGGUCAAGAGCCCAUACUUCUCAACUACAAAAGCUGAUUCUAGUACCACGGAAACUGGGGGUAGCAAGAGACUAUCGGCAUCAUUCUUUGACCAGCCGUGUGAAGCCUUGGCUAAGGCACUCUUGGGUCAGAGGUUAAUACGCAAGGUUAACGAUGAUGAGCAUAUCGCUGGUGACAUCGUCGAGACAGAAGCGUAUCUAGGGAAGGAGGAUUCAGCUUGCCACAGUUAUGAAGGGCGGAGAACCAACCGUAACAAAGCCAUGUACAUGAAGCCAGGUGUAUGUUACGUCUACCUCAUCUAUGGAAUGUACGACUGUUUGAAUAUUUCGAGCAGGGGUGAUGGGCAAGCAGUUCUCAUCCGAGCCUUGGAGCCCAAGGAAGGCAUCCCAACGAUGCAAAGACACCGAAGCAGACGGCGCAAGACACCCGCCAAGGAACUCAAGAUGAAAGAUCUCUGUAACGGUCCGGGGAAACUCACUGAAGCCCUGUGCAUCAAAACCUCUGAGAUGAACCAGGCAAACCUGGCGGCAGAUUCCUCCAUUUGGAUGGAGAGGGGGGAUCUUGAGGUUAAGGAGGCGGACAUCGUGGGGUGUCCUAGGGUCGGGAUUGACUACGCGACUAAAGAAUGGGUCAAGAAACCCUUGAGGUUUUACAUCAGAGGAAACGGAUGUGUUAGUAAGAGAGAUAAGGAAGCUGAACAAUCUUGAAGACUAUCAUAUAUGUAUUCAAAAUGAAUCAAUGUAUAUUUGGUUCAGUUAAACAGUUCAAAGUUUAAAAACAUUUGUAUAUCUACCAGCUGCACAAAAACAACUCUGUAAUGUUUUCAAAAAUCUGUGUUCCUUGAGUUUACUUAUGAGAAUUUUAAUAGCCGCGCGUAUUCAAAUAUUUUUU